ACGAGUUCGACGACAUUCGCUAUUUUCUCUUUUUCCCUCCUCCCAUCAAACCGCUCUUGGUCCCCAAUUCCAUCGAAAUCCCCAUCGAACAAGGCCCUUGUUUCGAUUGAAUUUAUCCCGCAAAGCGACCGCAUUUAAUUGAUUUUGGUCUCCCGUCCGGAAGCCAUCACCUUUUUGCCAUUCCGGGUUCAGUUCCAGCCCACCAAACCCUCGCAGCGAAACCGUCUGGCUUCCUUCAACUCCCAGAGCCGCCGAGCAUAUUCGAGCGACUGUCUAUGUAUUCGCCCUACGUCAACGCUUUUGAACACCACCUGCCGCUCAAGCUGCAACCUUUUCGCCCUGUGCGAAAACCUUGUAGUUACCAUUCCAGAUCCUGUGGUUGAGAUCUGCUUUCCACGUCGCCCGUGAACCCUCUUCUCAUCAGAAAGGGAAAUUAUAUCGUCUCCCACAUCUCAGACCAUCUGCAAGCUUCACUACGCAUGUCUUGUAGUAGCAACCGCAGCUUUCAUUCUCUCCGCGUUCCUUGCUCCUUGCGUCCGCAGCCAAUAGCUUUUUAAGACUUAUCUAUCCCCCACUCAUUCACCAUGGCUACCGUCAAUAUCCGUCGGGAUGUUUCCGAUCCCUUCUAUCGUUAUAAAAUGGAGCGCCUCCAGGCUAAAAUCGAAGGCAAAGGAAACGGUAUCAAGACCGUCGUUGUCAAUCUCAAUUCCGUUGCCCAGGCGCUUGGCCGUCCUCCUGCAUAUUUGAUCAAGUACUUCGGUUUCGAACUUGGUGCACAGGCUAAUCCAAAACCAACUGAUGAUCGUUGGAUCAUUAACGGCGCUCACGAUGCCGGCAAACUUCAAGAUUACCUAGACGGAUUCAUUUCCAAGUUUGUCCUGUGCAAGAAAUGCAAGAACCCUGAAACCAAUGUUGUAAUCAAGGACCCACGUAUCCUCUUGGAUUGCAAAGCCUGUGGUGAACGCUCCGAGGUCGAUAGCCGCCUCAAACUCAGUUCAUUCGUUCUGAAGAACCAGCCAAGAAAGGGAAAGAAAGACAAGUCAACGAAGAAAACCCGACGCGAAAGGAACAAGGAAAAAGCUGACAACGGAGAGAAUGGAGAAAAUGGAGAGACAAACGGCAGUCCGGGAGACAGCCCUUCUGAAGGGGACGAAAAUGGUGACGUGGCGGCGGAAGCCCAUAGUGAUGACGAGUUUACCCGUCGAAUCAAUGCUGAAGCCAAGGAAAUUGAACAAGACAACGAGAUCGAUGACGAUGAGUGGGCUGUUGAUGUCUCUGAGGAAGCUGUCAAGGCACGUGCAAAAGAGCUUCCGGACGAUCUUAAGCGCUCGCUCGUUUUUGACGAUGAGGAUGAAGGCGAGGGCGAAAAUGGCGCUGCCAGUGCUUAUGAUCAGCUCGGCAGCUGGAUUGUCAGCGAGGCCGAACAAUCCGAGAAAGGAGUUUCUGGUGUCAGCGAUGUCGACAUCUACAUGAAGGCCAAGGAACUCGGCAUUGAGUCAAAGCACAAAACCCUCGCAGUCCUGGCUCAGACAAUCUUUGACGAAAAAAUUGUCAAGCAGAUCCCGUCUCGAGCUGGAAUGCUCAAGAAGAUGAUCACAUCCGAGCGCCACAUGAAAGCUUUCCUUGGUGGCACUGAACGUUUCGUUGGAAAAGAGCGCCCCGAGCUCAUUCCACAAAUCUCAGCCAUCCUCCUUGGUUACUACCAGGAAGAUCUUGUAUCCGAGGACAUUCUCAAGAACUGGGGAUCCAAAGCCAGCAAGAAAUAUGUCGACCUGCCUACCAGCAAGAAGGUCCGUAAGGCCGCAGAGAAGUUCCUGGAAUGGCUUGAGACUGCUGAAAGCGAGGAUGAAAGCGACGAAGAGUAAGCGUGAUGUAGCAUGUACCGGAUGUCUCCUUUCCCACGACCUUGCUACCGCCGCUUGACCGACCGCUCUGCGCUUCUUUUUGUUGAUCAUGCCUGUUACUUCGGGGUAGUUGUUGGUUCUUUUUGCAUUAAUAUGCCAACGUGUUAUUGUUCACUCAUUAGUGGUUACAUAUGCUUUGUUGGAUUCAAGAAUAUCUUUACAUAGGACUAAAUUGAAAUAUCUCCGCUUCUAUGA